AUGCUACAUACAAAGUUGUAUGAAGAUCCCGUUGUGAGGACAAAGAAAAAACAACCAAAAGUGUUCAAUGGUGCAAGCUUAUACUCACUGCAAGGACUAAGAGUGGCAGGAUUGAAAAAAAUUGUUCUAUCUCACUGGAACCUAUACAGAGGUACAUACGCUUUUGAUGACAACUUAGUAGAAGCUCUACUUCCAAGAAACAUAACCAACAUUGACAUCAGUAUUUCCCAAGUAUCUGAUUUAAAUCUUACAUCACUGGAGAAAUUUAAAUACAUAGAAGUUCUCAAUGCAUCCUAUGCAACAAUUAGCGAUUUUCAUGAUACUUCACUGUCAGCAGAUGUUGCAAAACAUCUACAAGUGUUUGAUUUAUUUCAUGCUGUACUGCCAAAACAAGUACUACCUUUUCCACCUGGCAAAUUAACUGCUUACAACACCACUUUAGUCUUUUCUAGAACUCGUUUUUGGGAUUACAAAAAAAUGUUUGCCCCAAAAACUGUUAACUACAGUGGCAUUGUUCCACAUUUAACUUCUUUCUGGUUAUAUAAUAUAACCAUCCAAAUAGACAUAGAUCCCAAGUGGUAUACAAAGACUAUUAAACUACAACAAAAUAACAUCAAACGAGUUGAUGUUCGACUGCUUUGUGAUAAGUUCUAUUUUUCUGCAAUUCAGAACCUUGAUAUAUCUGACAAUGGAAUGGAAUUUUUGCAUCCAACAUUUCUGUCCUGUGUCCCAAACCUCAGGCACUUACACUUAUCUAAAAACCAGUUGUACAAAAUGGUCGCUGAGGACAGGUUUUUGUUUCAGAAUCUGUUUUCAGGACUAAGAUAUUUAAAACUAAUUCGACUGUCAGCUAAUGGAUUACAAAAAAUUCCUUCCAAACUCUUUAAAAAUCAACAAUCUAUUGAAGUAGCUGACCUUUCAUUUAACAAACUGGAGCAGGUGACCUUCAACUUAAAUGACCUUGAAAAUCUGAAAGUUCUUGACUUACAAGGUAACAACAUUCAUAUUCUGGAUUCCCUGUCUAUAAACUUUUUAAACUCUAUUCCACAAGAAAGCAAAAUAAAACCUAAACCCAAUGUGAUUUUGAGGUUAAAUCCAAUUUUGUGCUCAGUUUGUGAAGCUAAACCUUUCAUCCAGUGGCUUAUAUCUACAAGUCUCAUCAACAUGGAUUCUCAAAGGCUGAAAUGCUUGGAUGAAAAUGGACAACACAAUGACAUAAAUGUCAACACUGUAGAAAUGGUACAGAAAAUCUGUGAGUGGAAAACAGUUAUAAUUUCCACCAGCAUUUCAGCAGCAGUGAUAUUUCUUAUUUUAUUUUCCUGCGCAAUAAUCAUAUACAAAAGAUACAAGCGAAAGAAGAAGAGUCAAAACAGAACAAAUGUCAUAAACAAUUUAAGAGAUGGUGACGGGAAAUACCAGUUUGCUGUAUUUCUAUCAUUCAACAAUGAAGACGAAGAAUUUGUUCACUCACAUAUACUGGAGCAACUCAAUGAAAACCUACAACUGAUGACUGGCAUAGACAGAACUCUGGUCUGUACCGGAGACUAG